AUGGCCAGCAAGAUCUUGGGGCGUGGCGUACAGCUCGAUUGCCAGAUCCAGCGCCCGAGGGCAAAGCAAAACUUGGAGUGGAUUGCAGAUGGCCCGGCCUCCCCCUGCUCGGCCAGGAGCGUCGAGGUGUUUGAGCGAGCCAAGUCUAGUCGUCUGUUUCAGAUCCGUUCCCUUCCCAGCCAUCUCCCACCCCAUAUCCCAUCUGUCCCAGCGAGCCCCUCGCAGAAAGCUCCGUUGUUGGUGCCAGAGGUAGGGUACUCCAGCCACACUCCCACAGCCGACUCGGCCCUCGCCUCGCUCGCUCUGGCCAGCUUCCGAACAAAAACCAUCCGAGCCAUCCUCAUCCGGCCUUACGCUGUCCACCAGCCUCACGCCCCCCCUCCUGAGCCUCCUCCUCAAUCAUCUCAAAAACAGCCUCUCGCGCCAGAACCUGCCGAGCCCCAGAUCGAACCAGAUGAUUCUCUAACCGUCCACCACCAGAACCACUCUCAGUCCGAGCCUCCUCCCCAAGCGGCCCGUCCCGACAUCCUCUCGUCUCGGACUGGACACCACCACCACCACUCGGACCUCUUCUCGGCUCAGACUCCCCAGUCUGGAACUGCUCCCAGCCCUCCCCCCUCUCCGCUAGCCCCCCCAUUUGCCUCACUCCAGCCUAUCACCACCUCCACUCAACCGAACCCAUCUUCCACUAACUCUCAUUCUUCUCUCCUUCCGCCCUUCGAUCCUCUUCUUUCUUCUGCAGUCCCUCAUUCAAAUCUGACCAACAAUCACCAUCAUCCUUCGCCUUCGUCAUCACCCCCCCAGUAUUCCUCUCCAACCUCGCCUACUGCUGCUUCACCCCUUCCUCCCCCAUCCUAUCUUCUUACCCUCUUUCGUCCUUCAAUCCGCCGUCGUUCACCCACCCUCCACCUUGCAUCCUCCAACACCUGCUCUGCCAAGCCCCCGUACUUUCCAAUGGACCGUCCACCUCCCUCGGCCUUACCCGAUCGUCUAGCCCCAACAUGCAAUCAACUCCUCUCCGAGAAGCCCGCCUCAGCUCGCAAACCAUCCGCCUACUCCUUCUUGGCUCGUUCAUCACCUCAACCACAACCCCGAAGCCCCAUUCCAGCCACUCCCUCUCCCAAGCAGCGAUCCUGGGUUGACUAUCUGCUUGUUCUCCUCGUUCUUGUCAUCAUAGGCACCGUCGUUGUCCUUUCAACUGUAAAUUUCUACAUGGGAAUCUACCCUUCCGAUGUCAUCCUGCCCUCCGAACUCGAAGUCGAACCUCUGAGGCCGUCCCGAGUACCCAAGAUUAUCCAUCAGACCUGGAAGACCGACCAAAUCCCAGACCGCUGGAUCCCCGUCCGCGAGAGCUGCGUGUCUGCCCACGAAUCCUGGGAGUACAUGUUGUGGACCGACAAAUCAGGGCGCGAACUCAUCGAGCGAGAAUAUCCCUGGUUCCUGCCCAUUUACGAUGGGUACCGCUAUCCUAUCCAACGUGCCGAUGCGGUACGAUACUUCAUUCUACAUCACUACGGAGGUGUUUACAUGGAUCUCGACAUUGGCUGCAUCCGUCCCAUGGACAGCCUUCUACGCUUCGACCUCAUCUUACCCCAGACAGUCCCCGUCGGUAUAUCGAACGACUUGAUGUUCAGUGCUAAAGGUCACCCAUUCAUGGACUUUAUCAUCCAUCGUCUCGGGCAAUUUGAUCACGAUUAUCGGUUGAACUAUGCCACUGUUAUGUUCUCUACUGGUCCAAUGGCUCUGUCAGCUCUGUUGAACCUGUUUAGGCGGUCACCAUCAUUUGGCCUCACUCCUGGAAUGCCUGCGUUUGGUCCAGUUCGCAUACUUCCCCCGAAACUGUACGGCAAAAACCUGGCUGCUCCUCAACCAAGCCCCGGCCCCUACUUCACACAUUACUAUGGCUCUAGCUGGCACACCGACGGUGCCGGGCCAGUCCUUUGGCUCGGCAAAUUCGGUAUAUUUUGGCUUUAUGGUGGAAUCGCUUUUGUCUUCUUCUACGCCGCUCGUGCUGCCAUCCGACACUGGCGAGCCAAGUCGUCCGACAACGAAUCGCAACUACCAUCUACCUGGUCUACCGCCUCAUCGCCCAUCAAGUCUCGUGGAUCCACCGGUACGCUGUGGAAGCGCAGACUUCUGAAGGUCAGAAGAGCCGAGGGACGAUUGGCCGAUCAUCAGAAAGAUUGCAUGCAAUGCAAAUCGUGUAUGCUUAAUCAAGGGCCAGCCGACUCUCAACUGCCUGUCUACGAACCCCGACCGCUGCACUGUUUAGCUUCCGGAAGAAGACCCCCACGAAAGUCGCAGCGCACCGAUAGCGGUCCCGAAGAUGAAGACUGGGAAGAGAUUGACGAAGACACAGCGCUGCUCUCUUCGACUAGCACCUCAGACUUUAUGUCUACCCCAACCCCGGUAUUACUUCCAACAACUCCCACCUUCUAUCGCAACUCCAACAUCCCUUCGACUGGAUUCCCUUCAUUACGAGUCGAGGUCAAUGACGACGUUGCACCGGGACUUCCGUCCCCCCUACUCAACGCCAUCUAUCGUUUGGCCGAGAUGGCUGGGAUUGUUAGCGAAAACGGCCAACGCAACGACCUCAGCUCCAACUUCCCUGCCCGCACUGAAGACAGUCCCUUCUCCAACACGGCUCGUCCUAAUUCGACGCGAAAGGUCGAUUGA